UUGUUUAAGCAGCAAGAGAUAGACCAUCUCCGGAAUAAAAUAAUUCAUCUCAGUGUCCGCUCAAACUUUGUUGUUUAGGUUAGCAUGACACGGUGGAAGCAGAAAGUUGUGUGCGUCCAGAUUAGAAGACUGUUGUUCAUCUCCGAUAUGAGGGGUGAUCUUGCACGCAUUGUAUAUCCACUAUUCGUAUUGCCAAACAAUGACUUGUUACAGGGCUUUGACCAUUCUGAUUUACAGUCAACUAUUCGUCAAUUGCAGUGGGUUGGUGAGACGUUACUUUAUCGAUUGGUCCAGGCUGAGGUGCAAGCGGCGCUGAAGUUCGUUGUCACUGAGCUUCAGGCUUUGUCUACAAUUGAUGAGCUCUACGGUUUGUUGAUGGAUGUGAGGCGAGAGUUUGCGGAAUUCAUUACUGCCACUUUCGUCCAGCAAACUGUUGCCGCUACGUAUGACAUAACUGUUCAGCAGGCUUUUGAUCUUCAGAGCUUGAGGUUCACGCUUGGUAGGUUGCUGCUGGCUGCUGCAGACGGGAAGCGGGAACACUUGUCGCUCACAUCGGUCCCACAUGGGGACCCUCCCGACCGUGAGUCGCUCCCAACAAUGGAAAAACCUGUUCCUCACCCUGUUGCUGGUAGCGCUUUCCAUGCAUGGACGUGUCGGGAUAUGAACUAUGAUGUUUCGUUCUACCCGCUAGAGAGCAGAACACCAUCUGAUUUUGAAAUGCGGCUAGUUUUCGGCCAGGACUAUAGGGAUGUCGAUGGGCUUAGGUGGUCCCUUGACGAGCUCCUGCAUCUCCUGUAUAUCAAACAGCAGGAGAUUGAUUUCCUUUGGCAGACGCUGGCUGAUGAGCAGCGAUUGCACGAUGAGCAGUUGGGAUUUUUGCUGCAGAAGGUUAGAAUGUCUCACCAAGAGGUGGUUCAGAUCUUGAGUGGCAAGCAAUCCGCAAAGAAGGUAACUGUAACGUCAAGAGGACUUUCCCGCUUUGCCCCCAGGAAGAAGUCUUCCGUGGUGAGUGCUCCUGUUUACGGGCCUCAAUGUGACGAGGAUCUGGACAGGAGCAUGGCUUUACUCAAGCAGCGAGUGAUAGACCACCUCCGGAAUAAAAUAAUUCAUCUAAGUGUCAACAAAAACUUUGUUGCUUGGGAUAACAUGACACAGUGCAAGCAGAAAGUUGUGCGGCUCGACGUCUAGAUUAGAAGACUGUUGUCCAUCUCCAAUAUGAGGGGUGAUCUUGCACGCAUUGUGUACCUACUGUUCGUAUUGCCGAACAAUGACGUGC